CCCCGAUCAGAACACAACCAUGGCCAGGAGCGAGUGGGUCCUCUGUCUACUGGCUUUUCUCCCGUUCAUACAGGGAUGGUACCACAACCAGAACCAAAACUCCAAUGUUAAUAUCAACAUGAAUUCUCCGGAUCCGUUUGUGUUUGUAAGCCAUUCCAACACAGCCUCCAACCCCGGUACAAAUGUUGUCACCCACUCUCAGGGGGCACAUGAUUCGUUUGUCAAUUUGAACUUCCAUGCUCCAAUCAGCAACCACUUCGCUCCUACCCUCACUAUUGGAGGGGGAGGAGGCGGUCCGGCAAAAACACCAUCAGCUCCCAAAACACCAAAAGCCCCCAAAAAGUCACCAGCACCGAAAAAAUCACCGAAGAAGAUGAAGCGUCCCAAGAAGAAAUCGCCUUCUCCACCGAAAGCUAAAUACCACGCCCCAGCGACCACCCCUCCUCCAAUUCCCACCACGCCACCGCAAAACACACCAAAGAAAACACCCAAAAAAGCGCCAAAGAAGAAAAGUCCUAAAGGUUCUCCCAAAAAGUCUCCCUCUGGCAAUCCACAGGGCGGACCUCCGUCUUAUCCACCCAAACGACCACAGGCUCAUUACGUGAACAUUAAAUCUAUCCAAUACCCCAGCAACAAGGUGACCGUCAUUGGUAACCAAAACGAGGUCCAUACCGUGGCUGGAUUACGCAAUAAUAUCAAGUAUCAGAAAUCGGUACUGCCGGCACCAGCUCCUAACCCUAGCAUGAAACUCUUACUGAACCUUUUGCAGAAAAUGAUCAUUAAAGUAAACAAUAAACCUGCACCAACUACAACAACAACGACGUCAACAACAACAACAGCUCCUGAUACAACUACGACAACAGAAGCCACUACAACCACAACAACUGCCGCCACCACCACCACCACAGAGGCUACCACCACAACCACCACUCCUGAAAUGACAACUCCUACAACUACAACAACAACUACCCCGGCCAGCACGACCCCGCUACCGUUCCCAACCUACACCGUCCAGCCCAUCGACCAGAAGGGCCUGCUAAUGGAGGUGUUACUGCAACACAUGAUAGCUCAGCCUAGUUCCGGUGGAGCCACCUUGGACUACGUGGGUCAGAACGGUAACCAUGUGUCACUUAACAGUGCCUCAGGGUCACAGGCAAGUAGUUUGGGAUCUCCAAGUUCCUCAUUGUUAGGUAGCCUGGGACUUUCGUCUCAACCAUCUACUGGAGGUUCUUCACUGUUGAGUAGUCUUGGUCUUUCGUCUCAAUCUGCAACUGGAGGUUCUCAGGCCAACACAAAUCUGGGACAACAGUUAGGUUUGGGUGCAGGAUUUGGAAACUCUGUUGCGCUUGAUGUGUACGCAGCUGCUCUUGCAAAAUCGACUACACCCAACCCAUUACUUGACCCCUAUCAACUGUCCGGGCUUCUCUCGGGACCAGCUAGCGGCGGCGCUGCCCAAGGAGCUCCGGCUGAUCUCACCUGGCUACAAAACUACAUCCCACAGUUAGCCCUGGCGAAGCACGGGAAAGUAGCAGUUGUAAAUAAGUUGGCCAACAAAAGCAAAACGAAAGCAUUCAUCAGCAAGAAACUAUCAGUUUAAAAAAUACCGUUCAGUAUUAACAGAAGGAAACUUACAUGUAUGUAUUGUUGAAGUGUAUGCGGAUGCUGCAAAAUUGCGUGGACUUGUGUUGACUUUGUAAAUACCUCAAGUGAUGUUCCCGUAAUCGCUCUUAAAUUAUUUUUCAAGU